AUGGCAGCCACGACAAUUUCAAAGAAGAGAAAGUUUGUUGCAGAUGGAGUUUUCCGUGCAGAACUUAACAAUUUCCUCAUGAAGGAGUUGUCUGAAGAUGGUUACAGUGGUGUUGAGGUGCGUGUGACACCCACCAGAACUGAGAUCAUUAUUUUGGCCACCCGAACACAAAAUGUACUUGGAGAAAAAGGCCGUCGUAUCAGAGAACUGACUUCGGUUGUACAGAAAAGAUUCCAUUUUCCAGAGGGUUCAGUUGAACUUUAUGCUGAGAAAGUUGCUACUCGCGGUUUGUGUGCCAUAGCCCAGUGUGAAUCUCUGAGGUAUAAAUUGAUAGGUCAGUUGCCAGUAAGAAGAGCCUGCUAUGGUGUGCUUCGUUUCAUCAUGGAAUCUGGUGCCAAGGGAUGUGAAAUUGUUGUGUCUGGUAAACUGAGAGGUCAGAGAGCCAAAUCAAUGAAGUUUGUGGAUGGUUUGAUGAUCCACAGUGGUGAUCCUGUCAAUGAUUAUAUUGACACUGCUGUCAGGCAUGUGUUGCUUCGUCAAGGUGUACUGGGUAUAAAGGUUAAAAUUAUGUUACCAUUUGAUCCCAAUGGUAAAAUUGGCCCCAAGCGUCCUUUGCCUGAUCAUGUCAUGAACACAAAGGUGCCAAGCCUGCAGCAGAAGCUGCUCCAGUACCACAAUAAAAUGCAAGAUGUAAUUUUCCGGUAA